AUGGUGAAGAGAUCCGCUCAGAUUGAGGAAGUCGCAGACACGGCUGAUGACCGCGUGGUGUCGAGAAAAGUGGGUUCUAGCGAUCUACCCCCAUCUGCCUCCAGAGAUGAGGGCGACAUCGACAUGGGUGAAUUCGAGGACCAGUACAGUGAUGAGUUCGAAAGCGAUGGUGAGAUCAUUCAGAUGGACGGGGAUGAAGAGAACGAAGAUGAGCAAGACGGCGACGAAGAUUUCAUGGAAAAGAACCAGCAGAAGGCCCAAGAGUUGGUGAACCAAGACCAGGCUGCGGAACAGAACCAGCAGAAUGCUGAGCAGCAGCUCUAUCUGCCACAUAUGUCGAGACCUUUGGGGCCGGAUGAGGUCCUCGAGGCUGAUCCCACGGUCUACGAAAUGUUACACAACGUCAACCUCCCUUGGCCUUGCUUGUCUCUCGACAUUGUUCCCGACAAACUAGGGUCCGAACGCCGAAACUACCCACAGUCCCUUCUUUUGACGACUGCUACCCAGGCUUCUAAAAAGAAAGACAACGAGCUGUUGCUGCUAAAAAUGUCACAGCUUGCAAAAACACUGGUCAAGGACGACAAUAACGAAGAGGAAGAUGAUGACGACGAGGACGAAGACCAAGACCCUAUCGUCGAGAAUGAAAACAUCCCUCUUAAAGAUACCACAAACAGAUUGAAGGUUUCGCCCUUUGCCUCUGAGUCCCCCGAAAAGCUCACUGCUACAAUGAGCGAAAACGGUGAGGUUUACAUUUUUGACUUGGGCCCUCAGGUCAAAGCCUUCGAGAUUCCUGGAUACCAACUUCCUAAGACUGCCAAGAAACCAAUACAUACUGUGAGGUCGCACGGUAACGUUGAGGGCUAUGCAUUGGAUUGGUCCCCAUUGAACAAAAGCGGGUCUCUUUUGACCGGUGAUUGCUCAGGCAGAGUGUACCUGACCCAAAGACAUACAUCUAAGUGGAUCACUGACAAAACAGCUUUCAGCGCCGGCAAUAAUCAGUCCAUCGAAGACAUCCAGUUUUCGCGUACCGAAGCUACGGUUUUUGCGUCUUGUGGAUGUGAUGGCUACAUCAGGAUCUGGGACACCAGAUCUAAGAAGCACAAGCCUGCCAUAUCUGUUAAAGCCUCCGCAACUGAUGUCAACGUCAUCAGCUGGAACGAAAAGAUUGGGUAUCUCUUGGCUAGUGGCGAUGACAAUGGGUCUUGGGGCGUUUGGGACUUGAGACAGUUUUCGCCAAACACUGCUGCUUCGACAAGUCCUGUCGCGCAGUACAACUUCCACAAGGGUGCAAUUACCUCCAUAUCCUUCAACCCACUCGAUGACUCUAUUAUCGCUGUCGCUAGUGAAGAUAACACCGUAAGCUUGUGGGAUCUUUCCGUUGAGGCUGAUGAUGAAGAAAUCAAACAACAGGCUGCUGAAACAAGAGAGCUUCAGGAGAUCCCUCCACAGCUUUUGUUUGUACACUGGCAGAAAGAAGUGAAAGACGUGAAGUGGCAUAAGCAGAUCCCGGGUUGUCUGGUAAGCACCGGCACAGAUGGUCUGAACAUUUGGAAAACCAUCAGUGUCUAA